GUGGGGUCGGGGACACUUUGCAGGGACGGACCUGCGGUGGGGUAGGGGGGCUGGGGACCGGGCCGGGACUGGAGAGGCCUAGGCUGGAGUGCGAGCGCCCGCCAGCCGGAGGAUGAGCGUGGAGCCGCCUCACCCCGCGCACCCGGCGCUGCUGGUGCACCUCGGACCUGUCAUCCGUCUCGCCCGCCCCCGCACGCCCGCGUUCCCGGCCCGGUGCUGUGUUUUAUGGUGCUUGUCGUGAGCUUUGGAGCCCGGGUUCGUCUGGGCCCUGCAUAUGGCGGGCUCGGUGGAGUUAAUCAUUCCCCCGCCCCGCACGCUCUCACAAUGAGGGGCAUGUGGAUCUCUGGUGCGCCCCCCAUCCAGGCCUCAGAGAAAAGACUUUGGCUCCAGGACCCCGUGCAACAUCAUGACUGGGGAAGUGUAGCAGAGCUCAAGAGCCUCUCCAGAAGAGGAAGGACCAGUGGACAUUUCUUGGCUCCAGCCUGAGGGCUCCUGAGUUUUUCCCUCUGCCCCUCUUCCGCCCUCACUGGCUACUGGACUGGGGCCAGGCUUCCAGCAGGACCUUCUCCCAAGGGAUGGGCAGCUACUGAAGGGCGUCUCAUUGCCAGGGCUCAGUUGGCCACACCAUGAACCUCCAGGCCCAGCCCAAGGCUCAGAAUAAGCGCAAGCGUUGCCCUUUUGGGAAUCAGGAGCCAGCUGCCAAGGAACAGCCACCGCCGCUGCAGGCUCCACCACAGUCCCUCAGAGCAAAAGAGGAGCAGUACGGGGCCCACGAAGGUCCAGCGGGGAUCGCCUCCACCGCCCAGCCCGUGGAGCUCCCCCCUCCCAACAGCCUGGCGCUGCUCAACAAUGUGGUGUACGGGUCUGAGCGGACCACGGCAGCCAUGUUGUCCCAGCAGGCCCAAGUAAGCUCAGUGAAGUGGCCCAACUCCGUGAUGGCUCCCGGGCGGGGCCUGGAGCGUGGAGGGGGUGGAGGGAUCAGUGACAGUGGCUGGCAGCAACAACCUGGCCAGCCCCCGCCCCACCCCGCGUGGAACCGCCUGUCUCUCUACAGUGGACCCAAAGGGAGCCCUCAUCCAGGCGUGGGGGUCUCUCCCUACUAUAACCACCCUGAGGCCCUGAAGGGAAACAAACCGGGGGGUCCCCAGCUGGAUCACUAUGGAAACGCAGUGCCCCUGGAGGUGGGGCGGCCCCAAGCACCCUUGAACUCUUUCCACGCAGCCAAGAAACCCCCAAACCAGACACUGCCCCUGCAGCCCUUCCAGCUGGCCUUUGGUCACCAGGUGAACCGCCAGGUCUUCCGGCAGGGCCCGCAGCCCUCCAACCCCACCACCACCUUCCCGUCUCCGAAGCAGCAGCAGCAGCAACAGCAGCAGCAACCGGCAGCCCUGCCUCAGAUGCAGCUAUUUGAGAACUUCUACUCCAUGCACCAACCGCCUUCGCAGCAGCCCCAGGACUUUGGCCUGGCACCCGGUGGGCCACUGGGACAGACCCACUUGGCUCACCACGGCAUGGCCCCUUACCCUUUCCCCCACAACCCGGACAUGAACCCAGAGCUGCGCAAGGCCCUCCUGCAGGACGCUGCCCCACAGCCUGUGCUACCUCAGCCUCAGAUGUCCUUCCCGCGCCGCUCCCGCCGUCUCUCCAAGGAGGGGAUUCUGCCUCCCAGCUCCCUCGACGGAGCUGGCACCCAAGCUGGGCAGGAGCCCGCGGGCAAUCUGUUCCUCCAUCACUGGCCUCUACAGCAGCCACCGCCGCCGGGCGCCCUGGGGCAGCCGCAUCCUGAAGCCCUGGGAUUCCCGUUAGAACUGAGGGAGUCGCAGCUGCUGGCUGACGGGGAGAGACUGGCACCCAAUGGUCGGGAGCCUCCUGCCAUGGGUAACGAGGAGGUCAUGAGGGCUGGGGUGCUGGGGGACUGUGGGCAGACGAUACGAGGCGGGGUGAUCCAGAGCACACGGCGGAGGCGCAGGGCGUCCCAGGAGGCUAAUUUGCUGACCCUGGCGCAGAAGGCGGUGGAGCUGGCCUCGCUGCAGGAUGCCAAUGGCUCUGAGGAGAAGCAGAAGAGCGUCUUGGCCUCAACCGGCAAGUGCGGGGUGGAGUUUUCCGAGCCUGCCUUAGCCGCCAAGCGGGCUCGGGAGGAGAGCGGGAUGGCGCCCCUCAUUAUCCCGGUGUCUGUUCCUGUGAGGACUGUGGGUCCAACUGAGGUGGCCCAAGUUGGAAGUGCUGAUGAGGACGAGAAGGGUCUCGAACAGUACCCCACUGAGCACAAGCCUUCAGUCAUCGUGACCGGCAGGCGGUCCGCCCGAGUUCCUGGGACAGACGCUCCGGCUCAGGCUGAAGACCUGAAUGUCAAGUUGGAGGGGGAGCCUUCCUUGAGGAAACCAAAGCAGCGGCCACGGCCAGAGCCCCUCAUCAUCCCCACCAAGGCUGGCACUUUCAUCGCCCCUCCUGUCUACUCCAACAUCACCCCCUACCAGAGCCACCUCCGUUCUCCUGUCCGCCUUGCCGACCACCCCUCCGAGCGGAGCUUUGAGCUGCCCCCCUACACGCCACCCCCCAUCCUUAGCCCCGUCCGGGAAGGCUCUGGCCUCUACUUCAAUGCCAUCAUAUCAACCAGCAGCAUCCCAGCUCCUCCUCCCGUCACGCCAAAGAGCGCCCAUCGUACCCUGCUCCGCUCGAACAGUUCUGAAGUCACCCCACCCGUCCUCUCGGUGAUGGGGGAGGCCACCCCUGUGAGCAUCGAACCACGGAUCAACGUUGGUACCCGGUUCCAAGCAGAAAUUCCCAUGAUGAGAGACCGGGCCCUGGCAGCUGCAGAUCCCCAUAAGGCUGACCUGGUGUGGCAGCCGUGGGAACAUCUUGAGAGCAGCCGAGAGAAGCAAAGGCAGGUGGAUGACCUGCUGACAGCUGCCUGUUCAAGCAUCUUCCCCGGUGCUGGCACCAACCAGGAACUGGCUCUGCACUAUCUGCAUGAAUCCAGGGGGGACAUCCUGGAAACGCUGAAUAAGCUGCUACUGAAGAAGCCCCUGCGGCCCCACAAUCACCCGCUGGCAACGUAUCACUACACAGGCUCUGACCAGUGGAAGAUGGCGGAGAGGAAGCUGUUCAACAAGGGCAUUGCCAUCUAUAAGAAAGAUUUCUUCCUGGUGCAGAAGCUGAUCCAGACCAAGACUGUGGCCCAGUGCGUGGAGUUCUACUAUACCUACAAGAAACAGGUGAAAAUUGGCCGAAAUGGGACGCUCACCUUCGGCGACGUGGACAUGAGUGAUGAGAAGUCGGCCCAGGAGGAGGUGGAAGUGGACGUUAAGACUUCUCAGAAGUUCCCCAGGGUGCCUCCUCCCCGAAGAGAGUCCCCAAGUGAAAAGAGGCUGGAGCCCAAGAGGGAAGUGAAGGAGCCCAGGAAGGAGGGGGAGGAGGAGAUGCCAGAAGCCCGGGAGAAGGGAGAGCAGGAAGAGGGCCAGGAACGCAGCCGGCGGGCCGCUGCUGUCAAAGCUACGCAGACACUACAGGCCAAUGAGGUGGCCAACGACGUCCUCAUUCUCCGGAGCCACGAACCCAACGCCCCGGGGUCUGCGGGCGCUCAGACCUCAGACAAGCCGAGGGAGGGGCCGGGGAAGUCACGGAGGGCGCUGCCCUUCACCGAGAAGAAGAAAAAAGCCGAGGCCUUCAAUAAGACGCAAAACCAGGAGAACACGUUCCCUUGCAAAAAGUGCGGCAGGGUGUUCUACAAGGUGAAGAGCCGCAGCGCCCACAUGAAGAGCCACUCGGAGCAGGAGAAGAAGGCGGCGGCCCUGAGGCUCAAGGAGAAAGAGGAGGCCGCCGCGGCCGCGGCCCACCAGCAGGCGCUGAGGGAAGAGAGUGGCGAAGGCGAGAAGGGCUGAGCCCUCCCCGCCCCGCACCCCGGAUCCUCAAGAGGCAGCCAGGAGAGGGUCACGCGGAACUUGCCCUGCAAAACAAACCCGCCGAUGAAAAAUAAACAGGCCCUUUUAUCGACAAAGGCCCUGGACAGUGUUAAGGGCUGCAGGACCCAGUUCUCUCUCUCUCUCCGUAUCUGGUCUGUCCCCCGAGUUCUGCUUUCCUGGAGCCUUGAGAGAGCCGGCCCCUCCGGACGGGCCGGAAGGGCUCUGCAGCGGCCUCUCCGAUCUCUGCUGUCGCCAGUCUGUUUUGCAUCUCUGCCUCUUUCAUCCCAGGUCCCUAGGGAGCCACCACCAUGGCAAGCCAAGCACAAGCCCACCACCCCGUGGCAGCGUUCUUUCUCCUUCCCCAGAGGACCUGGACGGCUGUGCAAACCUCGCCCUAAGCGCCCCCUCCGAACCCCCCCCCAAAAGGGACUCCUUAGAGAAUGGUGGCCUUAACACCUGUGUUGUCCCUGCGCAAGUGUGCCCAGGCCCGGAGCUGCUCCGAUGGUCCCGUCUUAAGGUCACCACUUCCUCAGGAGUAUCCCCGAGGGCAGUCAAUCCGUUUGCUGCUUGUUAACAGCCCGACUUGGGCUGGGAAAAAGUCUUCUCAAACGUUUGAGGAAGGACCUGGUAUUCAUGCCUCUGCUCUCAGCCUGCUAUAGAGAAGGGAAGUGUACAGAGGCGGGAAGAUGCCGAGCUAGGCCUGAGGGAUCUUUCCACACGCCUGAUGACCCUCCCUGCUACCUACCGGCUUGUACCUUUGGGUCCUGGAGGCUGCUAAGGGAGCGUCAAGCAGGUCCUGGAAAGGCCUGGCCUGCUCUUCGGUGCCAGCUCCCUUCUCGCCUGUCCUGCUCACGGUAGCCGACACCUAACCCCAGUACACCUCACUUAAUGUCGAUAUUCACCCCCCCCCAUACUGCAUGCUGGAGAUUUCUGGAUCCUUCCCUGGGAGGGGGAUGUCUCCUAACUAGUUUAGACAGGAGCCUUCAUUCCUUGACUCGUGUCAUUUGGGAACUAUUUAUUUAUUGCUAAUAUUUAAUUUUUAACAUCCUCAGGGACCAGGGGCCUCUUGCUUUGCAGAGGUCCAAGUGCAUUUAUCCCAAAAUAAGGCACCUUCUUGGCAUCCCCAGCCCAUCCCCCGAUUCCAAGGCCCUCGGGUCCCUUACCUUAUUGCUCUUGCCAGUAGGUAUGAUGGUAGCACCGAGCUGGCUGGGAAGGUGGGGAGUUAUCAGUCACAGGAAACUAGCAGAUGUGGGUGAGAUCAAAGGCAGUUCUCUGUCCUGCCCUUUCUGUACUUUGAAAAUGCUUGAGGGAGUUGGCAGGAAGCCAGAAUUCUAGUUUUGUUUUAUCAGCCUGGAUUCUGGCUUGGAAAAAAAAAAAAAAAAAAACAACCACCACCACAACCAUAUUUGGCAUGGAAUUACCAAAAGGGUCAGAAUGUUCUAGAGGCCCCUUUGCUUUCCAUUUCCAUAAGGGGCCUAGGUUAUUUUUCUGAUACCAUUACUUAACUUCAGUUGUACAGAAGAAAGUCUGGAUGUGUGUCUGACCCUGUCAGUGUUAGUAAAGAGGUAAAAAGGAUUUGUUCACUAUUCUUAGGAAAUACCUACAGCCCUGUUGGAAACUGGAAAGAGAGGCGGAGUUUCGUUUUUAAGCUAUGUACUGUUGGGUAUUUUUUACAUUCACUUACACAUUGAUAGGGUUCUAUGAGAGCUGUCUGUGCAAGUAACAGAAACGCCCCCCCCCCCCCCCCCGAUCCCUGCAGUUACCUAAACCUUCGGUUUCCCUGUUUGUUUCUUUCCUAGGCUUCUACAAACUCGAAGUCCGAGCUUGCAAAAAUUCGGUGCCCUCCAGAAGCAGGAGGACAACACACUUAGGCUCUCCUCUAAGUCGCUUGUAUAACGAGUGCCUUCACAGCUUAGCCCCAAAGUGCUACUUACGUUUCCCCAAGGUUUUUCUCUGUUUCGUUUUUCCUACUGAAAUCAUACUUGGCUCAGGCGCCUUGGUGGACAUGUGAUACCAGACCCCUUCAGCCUCAUGAGACUUCCCUUCAGUGGUACCAGCUGAUCCUUGGAAAUCUUAAUGAAAAAAAAAAAAGUGAUUCUACUUUUCUAAGUUUACAGAGACCAGACCAGGUGAAUAUAAACCAGAAAAAAAGUCAAGAUGGUACCUUCAGGUAGUGAUCCCACCAGACGCUUUCAGAGGGGCCCACGCCCCAGGGUGCAGUGUGAAGGCUGAAAUAUUUUGAGGCAGAUCCUCUUUUGGCAAGUAGCCACAGAGGCUGGCGCAGGCACAUCUUUAUUGGUGCUUUCUCAUGAACACAUUUUGGGCUUGGUUUUUUUUUUUUUUUCCCUUCCUAUUGAGAGCCCUUUGCUUUAAGAAUAACAAGUUGAGCUUUACAAUAGCCCCCCUCUACCAUGUCACCCCGCCUAUCUCCCAGCCUCCCCCUACAUUCAGAGGGCAUGAAACUGACAUUAGUGCCUGUGUUCUGGACCAUUUCUGAGGUCUCCCCCAUCUAAGGAGGCAGCGCUCCUACUGCUGCCCUCCACGCCUUCAGCAGCCCCCUCACAGCUAAGGUUACAUGCCCACCCUUACGCCACCUCCACCUUCACCCCUGGCACAGAGGCCCCUGUGCUGCUCACGUCUAAAGGGAUUGCCUAUAUUUAACUGCCUCAGUCGCCUAACCUCUUUCUUCUCUUGUGCCAGAUGUUAAAGACGAAGGAGGACCACAUCACAUCCUCAAGCCUCAGUUGUGUAAAUGUUUUUAUUGGGGCUCACUUUUCUGGGUAGUUAUUUAUUACUCGACUGGCAUAGCCUAACCCCGUAGGUUUUUACAGGAAGUAUGCAUAUUUUUAUAAAACAGUUGUGUCUAACCCACAUUUGGCUGUGUUUGUUGCCUCGAAAAAAUUUUUGCAGCUGUUAGAACUUUUCCUCACUUGUCUCUUAACGUUGAAAGCCUUGUGGAAGAGGACAGAGCACAGGGACAGCCUUGACAGUCUGUGAUUAUUGUACAGAUAUUUUAUUAGCAUAAAAAUAAGUAUAUUCCUUUUAUUUUGAAACAAAAUGAUCAGACACUGCCUUUCAUGUGUUUGUUGCCUGUGGCACUCUUUUUAAAAAAGACUGUUACAUAUUAAAAAAUAGUGUACAUAUAUAUAUAAAUAUUACCUCUUUGCUGUACAGUUGUGAUAGACAAGACUGAAAAUUUUAUUUUUUGUGUGCUUUUUAUAAAGAAAUUAAUACACUAAAGAGAAUCUUGCUGAUGUGAUUGUAAUGUACCAAUGUAACUUAUUUACUUUUGAAUGUUCUGUAUCUUAAGACCUUUUAUUAAAUAAGGUUUUAAAAAAAAA